GGCAAACCACUGUCCUUGUUCAAAUGCUAACAUUUGCUAAGUACAGGCACAGGAUUCAGGAGGUGGGAGAGCUGUGGGUGUGGAACAGAGAGACAGAUAUUUUUUGUAGGGUUACAGAAAGGAACAGAACCUUAUCACUAAGAGGGCUGUACACAGAGGUUUCCAAGUGCUUCACGAAAGUGUAAGACUAUUACUUGAAAAGGAGUAAAUCCAGCAGAGCAAGUAUUCUGCAGCAAACAGCUAACUCGUGUGUACGGAUGCUGCUACAUAAGGAUUAGUGGAAUCUUUUGAUACAAUUUACAGACCGAGAUUUCCAGGAGAUUGCAAAGGAAAUAAUUUGCUAAAGUGGAAGCAGUGGGGAAGGAGCUGGUUUUGUUUUUUCUUUAUCACACUUAGGACCCCAACUUCUAGAGCUGUUUUUCUCUUAACAGGGAGCAAUAAGAGGGGUGGGCUGGUUGCAGCUGACACACAGGCACUUUAGAAAGUUUGACAAUGGAGCUGAACCCUAUUCCUGUGCUGACUGUUCAAACAGUCCCAUAUGAGGACCAGAAACCAGGGAGCAAUGGUUUUAGGAAGCCAACUGCUCUGUUUGAGAGCAAGAGGAACUACCUGCAGAACUUCAUCCAAAGUGUGCUGUCCUCCAUAGACCUGAGGGACCGCCAGGGAUGCACCAUGGUGGUGGGAAGUGAUGGCAGGUACUUUAGCAAGACUGCCACUGAAAUCGUUGUGCAGAUGGCAGCAGCUAACGGGAUUGGCAGAUUGGUCAUUGGUCAGAAUGGUUUGCUGUCCACUCCUGCAGUGUCUUGCAUCAUCAGAAAGAUCAAAGCAAUUGGAGGGAUUAUCCUAACAGCUAGCCACAAUCCAGGAGGACCUGGGGGAGAUUUUGGAAUAAAAUUUAAUGUUGCUAAUGGAGGUCCUGCUCCAGAAACAGUUAAUGACAAGAUUUUCCAGAUUAGCAAAACUAUUGAAGAAUAUGCUAUUUGUUCAGACCUUCAAAUUGACCUCUCAAGAGUGGGAAGACAGGAGUUUGACCUGGAGAAUAAAUUCAAGCCAUUUAGAGUUGAAAUAGUGGAUUCAGUAGAUGUUUACCUCAAUUUGCUUAGAACUAUUUUUGACUUCAGUGCAAUAAAAGGUUUGCUCACGGGCCCUGACCAGCUGAAGAUAAGGAUUGAUGCCAUGAAUGGAGUUAUGGGCCCUUAUGUUAGACGGAUCCUGUGUGAUGAGUUAGGAGCACCUGCUAAUUCUGCUGUAAACUGUGUUCCCUUGGAAGAUUUUGGUGGGCAACGCCCUGACCCUAAUCUGACGUAUGCUACUGAUCUGUUGGAGGCCAUGAAGGGAGGGGAGCAUGGAUUUGGAGCGGCAUUUGAUGCUGACGGAGACAGAUAUGUGAUUUUAGGAGAAAAUGGUUUCUUUGUGAACCCGUCAGACUCAUUAGCAGUAAUGGCCGCCAAUCUGUCAUGCAUUCCAUAUUUCCGGCAAAUGGGGGUUCGGGGUUUUGGGAGGAGUAUGCCUACAAGCACAGCCCUGGACAAAGUAGCAAAAUCAAUGAAAGUUCCUGUCUAUGAAACGCCAACUGGUUGGAAGUUUUUUGCAAAUCUAAUGGACUCGGGACGGUGUUCUCUUUGUGGAGAAGAGAGCUUUGGCACAGGUUCUGAUCAUCUCAGAGAGAAGGAUGGACUUUGGUCUGUUUUAAUUUGGCUUUCAAUUAUGGCAGCUCGAAAACAGGGUGUGGAGGAGAUUGUCCGAGAACACUGGACAAAAUUUGGGCGACAUUAUUAUUGCAGGUUUGACUAUGAAGCUUUGGAGCCCCGAGCUGCAUUUUUAAUAAUGAGAGAUAUGGAGGCCAUGAUAAUAGAUAAGUCAUUCAUCAGCCAGCAGUUCGCUGUUGGAAGCCAUGUUUACACCGUGGAGAAGACAGACAGCUUUGAAUAUGUGGAUCCUGUGGAUGGGACUGUAACAAAGAAACAGGGCCUGCGGAUUAUAUUUUCAGAUGCAUCCAGGAUUAUUUUUCGACUCAGUGCUUCAGGCACAAUAGGAACCACUUUACGAAUCUAUGCAGAAAGCUAUGAGAAGGAUCCUAGUAAACACAAUAAAGAGCCACAGGCAGUGCUGGGUCCUCUCAUAGCUAUUGCCCUAAAACUUUCCCAGAUUCAUGAGAGGACAGGUCGGAAGGGUCCUACUGUUAUCACCUGAAUACAACAUGCACAAAGCAUUCUGGGCCAAAGUGACGUGUGUGAAAGAGAUUAUUUUCCUUCAGUUAACCUACACCUUAUAUAUGCUGUAUAGGCCUUUUUUGAAUAAGGAAAGUUCAAAUGUGCAGUGCAUUUUAUCUUGUAUACUGUAACUGAAUCAAUGGAAGCCAACUGCAUAUUAGUUUCUGUCAGUAAUGCAAUAUUAGUGUUUUGUUACACUGCCUAAUUUUUUUUUAUUGGUUCUCAAUUAACAUGUAUAACAUAGUAUGAUUAGUAGUGAUGAGAUGUGAUGUUUUAUGCCUGAUUAAUUAUAUAAUGAUUAUUGAAUAAAGUCACUAAUGUAAUGACACAAAAGUGCUUUAAACACAUUGUAAAAAAAACUAUGCUUAUUAUUUAAAGGGACAUUGUAUACAAUUGUUUUCUGUCUUCAACAUGUUUUUUUUUUUUGCAUGAAAAAGCUGUUUAAAUUGAAAAUGAUAGUAAUGAAAAGUGUAUGUCUGUUCAAAGCUGAAAGGACAACUCAUACAGGAAUAUUCAUUUUCCAUAAACAGAGCACGGUAAUACAUUUUCAAAUAUUCUCUUUUAGAUGGAACAGAUACUAUUUUGAGUAUAAUGUCCCUUUAACUGUGAUAUCACUGUGAGAAAGUGUUUAAGAUCAGAGGGUCCCUGUAACAAGAUACACAACAUUUAACAAAAUAUUGAAACUGGCUUCUGAUAUUAACAUUCAUUAAAGGACCAGAUUAAAGCUUGCACAA